AUGGUACUGGUGUCGUACUUUUCCCUCGGGGCGGGGGUCAUCCUCACGGCCACGCUGGCCUUGUCCCGUCGUCUCCAGCCCAAUCUGUCGGCGGCGGAUACCCUGAUGACCAUGUGGUUUGUCCUGUGCGGAUUCAUCCAUUUAUUCUUUGAAGGUUAUUACGCCUACAACUUCUCCCGUAUGCCCAGCCGUCUCGACCUCUUCGGACAGCUAUGGAAGGAGUACUCCCUCUCCGACUCACGCUACCUGACUCUCGACUCGUUCCUCGUUCCGAUGGAGUCCGUCACGGCCCUCUGCUGGGGUCCCAUGUCGUUUGCGUGCGCGGCCAUGAUCGUCGGCCGUCACCCGCUGCGCCACGUCUUCCAGACGAUCAUCAGCCUGGGCCAGCUGUACGGGGAUGUCCUGUACUUUGGCACCUCGACCUUUACCAUGGUGGUUGGCGGCGUGGACUUUUGCAGACCCGAGAUGUUCUACUACUGGGCAUAUUACUUCUUCUGCAAUGCCAUCUGGAUCGUCAUCCCCUUCGGUCUCGUCGUGUCGAGUUCCAGGGCCAUCGAGAAGGCCAUUGCCAGGGUUCAGAUGCUGGAUGGGGAGAAGAAGGGGCAGUGA